UCUCCUUACUGGGCUCAGACAUCUCCUCUCUGCGGCUCGGUCUCCUCCACCCAAUGCCCUCCCCGCUCCUUCCCUCCCGAGGCCACUGCAGCCCCGAGGAGCAGCGUCUCAUCCCCUUCAGGAAGCACGUUGUCAGGGAGGAGCGAUGGUACAGCUGGGGGAUGGCAGUGAAUGUCUACUCCACGUCAGUGACCAGUGAGAACAUGAGUCGCCAUGACAUGCUCGCCUGGGUCAACGACUCCAUACAGCUCCACUACACCAAGAUAGAACAGCUGUGCUCAGGCGCCGCCUACUGUCAGUUCAUGGAUAUGCUGUUCCCCGGAUGCGUCCUACUGAAGAAAGUCAAAUUCCAGGCGAAACUGGAGCACGAGUUCAUCCACAACUUCAAGGUCCUGCAGGCGGCCUUCAAGAAGAUGGGCGUGGACAAGAUUAUUCCAGUAGAAAGAUUAGUAAAGGGCAAAUUCCAAGACAAUUUCGAGUUUGUUCAGUGGUUUAAGAAGUUCUUCGAUGCCAACUACGAUGGGAAGGAUUAUGACCCGGUACUGGCGAGACAAGGGCAGGACAUGGUGCCCCCUCCUAACCCUGGAGACCAGGUCUUCAACAAACCCAAGAAGCCGAUUGUCACAUCAGUCCCACAAAGGACAUCUCCAACAGGUCCCAAGACCAUGCAGCCUCCAGCACGAGUGCCCAACAUACCCCACCCGGUCAGGAAACCUCCCCCCAUCACCAGGAAUGGCGGCAGCGAGCUGGAAUCCCAGAUCAUUGAGCUGAACCAACAGUUAAUGGAGCUGAAGUUGACCGUGGACGGUCUGGAGAAGGAACGAGACUUCUACUUCAGUAAACUGCGAGACAUCGAGCUGAUAUGUCAGGAGCACGAGAGCGAGAGCGUGGGGGUCCUGUCCAAAAUCAUUGACAUCCUGUACGCCACAGAGGAAGGAUUUGCUCCCCCAGAAGACGAGGAGAAUGAAGACCUUCAGGGCGAGGAUGCGGAUGAAUAUUAACCCCGUGCCCCCCUCUACUUCCUCAUCCCUAACGCCCUGACGCUUUGUACAAUUAUAUCGCUCCUUGUUGCCCGUUUUCCCCGUCAGCCAUUUUUUUUUUUUGCUAAAAAAAAAACCUGUUAGGUCGGAGUCUUCUCCGCACUUGGAAGCAUCAUGUAUCCCUGAUUGGGCGAUGAACAGGGCCGCCAGGGGCCGCCGGAGUGGAUGUCUUCUACAACAUGGAUUUAGCACUUACCCACCUGGAGAUUCCCAUCAGCCCUCUGCGGGCAGAUACAUAGCUGAUACCAUUUGUCUGUGCCCCCCUUUUUAACCCCUUCUGACCCUUCCUCUCCUCUGGUCUGUUUGUUGUGUUUUUUACCUCUACUCUUCCUGGUACAUUUUCACCUAUUUAUUUUUUAUUCCUUAUCCUGUCAUGAAAUGACGUUUUUAAAGGGGUACUCUGCCCCUAGACAUCUUAUCCCCUAUCCAAAGGGGUGGGACCCCCACGAUCUCCCUGCUCCACCCGGCGUUCGUUUAGAGCUUCGGGUUCAGCGUCGGAGGCUUGUGAUGUCACGGCCAUGCCCCCCUCAAUGCAAGUCUAUGGGAGGGGGCG